UUAUUAUCAGCACACGUUCGCGAUAGACUUCUCGAGAAGCCAAAAUAUCGUAGAGUCUUAGCUCGAAAAUGAUUACCAUUUUGCAUCUUUUACGACCUUCAACUUUCUGCGUUCAUUCUUUGUGUUUUACUUCUCGAAAUACAUGCGCAUUCUUAGCUGUCUGCUAGCCGUCUCGCGAACAUCGUUCAGUUUGUGUUUAUCAUUUAGUGACAGUGGAUCUACAAUAUGGAAGUGGAGCGUAUUUUUCACAGUGACACCACAGAAUAUGUCGCAUCGGAAGAGAGAGGAAGCUCGAGAGCACUUCGACUGUGGAUUGGAGUCAGUCAUUUGGUGAAGUUUGGUGUUUCCUGCGUCAUCGGUGGCUUAUCAACUGUCUGGGAUCUUCUACGCUGUCGAUGGGGCCCCAAGAGUCUCGCCGGCCAAGUGGCGCUCGUGACUGGAGGUGCAAAUGGAUUGGGCCGAGAAAUUUGCCUUCGUUUAGCGUGCGAGCAGUGCAGAAUCGCCGUGGUGGACAUAAAUCUUCACGAUGCUGAGAAAACGGCUAAAGAUCUUCUACAAAUGGGCGCCGAAGCGAAGGCUUACAAGGCGGAUGUGGCUGAUUUCGAGGCCAUGAAGAAGAUUCGCCAGCAAGUGCUGGUGGACUUCGGAUCGGUGGACAUUCUGGUGAACAACGCCGGAUUGAUUGCUGUUCUCACGUUGAAUAGCGCCACGCCGGAGCAAAUCGAAAGAAUGGUGGCUGUCAAUGUGACUUCGGUGGUCAUGAUCACGAAGCUCUUCCUGGAAGACAUGAUCAGGCAGGGAAGAGGCCAUAUUGUGGCCAUUUCCUCACCACUCGGUCUCACAGCGAGUCCAGGGACAGUUUACGGCUUGACAAUGCACGCAAUUCGUGGCUUUAUGACUUGCCUCAAUCAAGAGAUCCUCUUUUCUGACUGGAAAGACAAAAUCAAGACCACUUGUGCCUUUCCUUUCUACAUGACAACAAGAAAGGAAUUGACGGACUACUUGAAUAGUCUCAAGAUGAAGGGAAAGGUCUUCCUCAUUUCACCACAAGUCGCUGCCAAUGAAAUCGUGAAGGGAAUCAAGUGGGAGAGAAGAAAUGUGUCCAUUCCCGCAGGAUAUUACUUCCAAAUGAAUUUAAUGGGCAUGUUCACAUCGAACAUCAUCAACAGAUUCUACAGAAUGGCCCUGGGAACUACCGACAAUUUCAAGUGAUAAUUAUAAGUUGGAAAUAAAUUUGCUGUUGAUAAACAAGACAAUUAAAGCAAACUUACCAUGUGAAAAAAAGAUGUUCGGAACUGGAGAAUCUAAAAUUAAUACACUUUUUACAUUAUAGCAGUAAGUUUGAAGAACGUUUUUUUUGGUGUUAUUCCUUCAAAUUACGUGAAAAGUGAAGAGAGUGAAGAUCAUUUUCUCAGUCAAAGAGAUGAUUGUGCUAAAUUAUUACUUUGAACAAUUUAAUAACGUAAAUAAACAAACU